CUACCAAAGGACACAGCCUGCAGUUCCACUCAGCUGGACAUUACUCACGUUGCACCGAUGAUCUGUGAUCCAUUGGAACUAACGGGCUGAAUGCCACACAUUAGAUUAGAUUUAGGAAGCAGUAAAUCUGUCCCCUGCUGUGAGCGGGUGGAAAUACAGUCCAUUAGCUCUUCACACAGAUCUGGCUCAGCGUUUGCAGUGACGAAUCCUGCAUGUUCUGUGAACUGUUGGAAGCGCACAAAGGCAAACAGAGCAGGGCAGGUGACUGAGGUGGGGGAGGACCCGUGACCCCGAGGUCCGGCAGGCGUCGAUCGGGCAGAAGCGCAGAGACCUCCAGCCCCCGUCGCCGUCCACAGCUCCCUCGUCCGCGCGCCGGAACGGCCGAAACAAGAUGGAUAACCCCAAGCUACUCGCGAUCGUCCUGCUGGCCGCGUCGGCGGCGGCGGCGCUCGCCGCAGAGGAGUCCUGCCUCGGGCGCUGCGAGAACGGCUUCGAGGCGAAGAUGGCGUGCCAGUGCGACUCGAUGUGCCGCUACUACAAGAGCUGCUGUUCCGACUACGAGUCCGUCUGCGGCAGCGAGACUCGUGGGGACACAUUUGCUUUUGCUGAGGAUGAUGAUGAGCUCUUCAACAGCACAGCACCAGAGGCCAUGCAAAGUCCUACACAGGAAGGGGCCACACCCAGUCCUGCACAGGAAGGGGCCACGCCCAGUCCUGCACAGGAAGAGGCCACGCCCAGUCCUGCACAGGAAGAGGCCACACCCAGUCCUGCAAAGGAAGAGGUGACGCCCAGUCCUGCACAGGAAGAGGCCACGCCCAGUCCUGUACAGGAAGAGGCCACGCCCAGUCCUGUACAGGAAGAGGCCACGCCCAGUCCUGCACAGGAAGAGGCCGCACCUAGUCCUGCACAGGACGAUCAGAGCCGCAUCAUCCCUGUAGUGACCCAGACAGCGUCAUAUGGGGGCGCUACAAAAAAGCAGCUCACACAAACACCCACAGAUGCUUCCAAAGCCCCGCCUACCGCCGCCCCUGUCACUGCGGCCCCACCCACCUCUAAGAGAGCUCCUGACCCCGCAGCCGACCCCUGCAGUGGCCUGCCCUUCGACUCCUUCAUGCAGCUAAAAAAUAACUCCCUCUUCGCCUUCAGAGGUGAUUACUUCUUUGAGCUGGAUGACAGAGCGGUGCUGCCAGGAUACCCCAAACUCAUCAAGGACGUGUGGGGCGUCCCCGGGCCCAUCGACGCCGCCUUCACCCGCAUCAACUGCCAGGGCAAGACCUACAUCUUCAAGGGAAAUAAGUACUGGCGGUUUGAGGAUGGAGUGUUGGAUGAUGACUAUCCGAGGGAUAUUUCCGUUGGGUUUGAAAAAAUACCCGAUGAUGUCGAUGCUGCCUUCGCCAUUCCUGCCACCAACCACCAUGGCAAAGAAAAGGUGUACUUCUUUAAAGGGGACCAGUAUUAUCAGUAUGAAUUUAAGAACCAGCCGACCCACGAGGAGUGCAGCAGGAUGACCAGCAUCUCCCCCUCCAUCCUCUUCACCCGAUACACCGACCUGUACUACGACCGCUGGGAGGACAUCUUCCACCUCAUGUUCCAAGGACUGCAGGAAAACCAUGGGGGCCCCCGCUUCAUUAACAGGGACUGGGUGGGGAUCCGCUCUCCGGUGGACGCUGCGAUGGUGGGCCGGCUCUACAUAUCCCGGAGACCCCUCAUCUCCAGGCAGGACGGGCCCUGGGGGCAGGGGUGGCCCUGGGGGCAGGGGGGGCCAUGGGGGCAGGGGGUGCCGUGGGGCUGGACCGGGCCGCAGGGCAGGGGGACCCAGCAGCGCCGGCAGAGCCGCUCCCCCCAGUGGAGCUCCAUGGCAGACUGGGGGGCGGAUCUGGGACAGGCCUACGCCGAGCAGUACUACAACAGGGAGAUCCGCAGGGAGGACCAGGACCAGGACCGGGACCAGAACUGGAACCGAAACCGGAACUGGAACCAGGACCGGGACCAGAACCGGAACCGGAACCGGAACCAACAGCAGAGCGGCAACCGAAGACAGCAACAACAGUACAACAGCGACGAUGACUACAGAUACAGCGCCCCCCUCAGGCCAAACCUGCACACUGUGGACAAGGGACAGCCUGUACAAAAUGUCUACUUCUUCAAGAAAGACCAGUACUACAGAGUGGAUUUACAGACCAAGAGAGUGGACUACGCCAACCCUCCCUACCCACGAUCCAUUGCCAAAUACUGGCUGGGCUGCUCAGACAAGCCGGGAGCAGAAAAGAGAUGAACUCCGGAGGAAGACUGGAGGGACUGUGGGCCCCAUGGAUUGGCCCAUACCACAAAUACCGGAUUAAUCUCCCAGAAGACCAAAAACAAAGGGACAGCUAUAGAUAAGCACCAUGUUUAUGAGUCUGCUCCAAAAACACAAUAUCAUUCAUCACAUUUUUCCACAGGCGCGUCACCUUCAGAAUACCCUUUUUCUGAAUAAGGGGUUAUUGUGCCCGAAUGCGUUGUGUGGGUGGUGACAUCACCGUUUCCUCCUUCAACGGGGGUUGUUGGGGGGGGAACACAACCCUCGCCUGUACGCAUGAACCCUGCCUACAUCCCCACCCCCCCGGAUCUGUGGACAAACAAUGAUUAUUUGUGUCUCUGGUCAAUGUCGCAGUCUGGCAGCAGAGUCAUCGGUUUCGGACAAAGUUCAACACACCGGAGCGUCUGAUUGGACGUUGCCACGGCAACCGCUCUCCCUCGUGAUCUGAUGGGGGCAUUGCACGUCUGAGGUCGUGACCUACUCAUUCUUGGGGGGGGGGGGGGGGGGCAGACAAGGGGGCAGGCAACGGUUUCCUUAGAUAUCGCUCAUGUGCUUAUUUUGUACUGGCUAUUUCUUCAUCGCAUUAAACACUAAGUUUUGCCUCACCAUUAAAAUGCCUGACGUGUUUAUCCGCCAA